GUUCGCGCCGUGGUCUCUUCGGUCUGAUUGGUUGCACUCACGUUGCUGCUGAUGUGGUGUUCCGAAGUUAGCAAACGCGAACAUCCGAUUCAAACUUGUUUUCUGCUUUUGUUAGUAUUGUAGCUUUGUGAAAACAAUGCCUUACUAUCAGACGUGGGAGGAGUUCGCCCGUGCAGCAGAAAAACUGUAUCUGACAGACCCAAUGAAGGUCAGAGUGGUUCUAAAAUACAGACACUGCGACGGAAACCUGUGCAUUAAAGUGACUGACAAUGCUGUGUGUUUACAAUACAAGACAGACCAGGCCCAGGACGUGAAGAAGAUUGAAAAGCUCCAUGGGAAGCUGAUGAGACUCAUGGUGUCCAAGGAGACGCACAGUGGUGCCAUGGAGACGGACUAAAAUGCUCUUGAAGAGCUAAAGUUUUGGAGCUCUCGGACUGAGUUCAGAGGACAUGGUGGUGCUGCUGAGAGAAUAGAAACAUCAGAGUGGGACGAGUCUGUAAAACGGGAAUGUGGGGAGCUGGAUCUGGCUGCUAACACUGGUUUAAUGCUGCCAGAGAAGCUAUAGAUAUAUACUGUAUAUAUUUUCAGGAUUUUUUUUUAUUUUUUUUUUUUAAAGUUUCACUGUCCACCUUUCCUUUACAGGCAUGAUCACAUCCCUAAUGGUGUAAGUUAAAUGUAAGAUCCGUGUAGGGGUGGAACAACAUUAGCUGCUGUGUAAGCAGCUUUGGCACCUUGAAUUCUUUAAAGACAUUUCCAUAAAUUUUUAGUUUUGAAGGGGAAGAAAAAGAUGGGCAAUGAAGAUAACUUGUCUUUUUUUUUUUCAUCUUUCUAGCUAUGUCAGAUUCAGUUUAAGCCCAGUUUACUUUGAUUUUUGUCCCCCCUCAUUGUGCCACAUGAAUGAAGCACAGCUUUCUGAUUUCCCAGCAAGGGUGUGGAGAAAACCCAGUGUUUCCACACUGACAUGUUCAAUAAAUGGUUGUUUACCCCAGUCAGCAAUAUAUCUCUUUUAUUCAUCUCGUUAUGGAUUAUAUUGUGUUCAACUGUCAUACGUCAACGUUAUUAUGCGAGACAGCUUAUAUGACAUUGGGUUUGAAUUAAUGAGAUAACACGUCCUUUAUUUAGCCCAAGCAGUUAAAAUAACUCAAAUGCAACAAAAUCAAAAAGUACAGUUUUAUGUAGCUUAGUCAUAAGUCAAAGUAAAUAAACAUAUAAUAUAAAUGCUGAUUUAGAAAAACAAAUUUAAGCAAUAUUAUAUAGCAAAGCAAACGGAAUUUAAAAGGGCUUACUAAUUUAAACGAUCACCUGUGUGUCGGUCUUCCUGUUGUUCAUGUACUCGGGUACUCUUACUCCUGCACCACAGCAACAUCAUGUCCUCAGAUGGACAUGGAUCAUUUAUCGGCCUUCUGUGUAUUUCAAUAAAGCUGAAAAAGUUAUGUUUGUUUUAAUUAACCAAGUUUUUCCCAGGGGGAAAAAAAAACCCUUUGUGAAUUAUGUAACUUUUUUAUUCUUGGUCCAAUUAUUUUUCAAGUUCUUGUUUUUACUUUUUCAUUCAUAGUGAUCAAUAUGAAAAAGGUAUUACAGAAGCAAAAAUAAAAAUUUCUAUUUGUGUCAUAUUUAAA